AUGUUAAGGAAAUCGAGGUUUGAAGGUGAUUUGAAAGCCGAUCAGCUGCCGCAGCUCCUCGCUCCCGGCGGCACCGGCUCCGUCAGGCAUCGCUGGGACGGGAACGGCACCGCCGCCCUUUCAGACAAAGGAGGAAAAGUCCCUGGACGCGCCCGGAGCCUGGAAUGCUGCCCGGGACCCUUUGUCCCUUCUUCCUCCCCCUCCGCCUCCUCCUCACCGUCCCCGGGCCCUGUUCCCGGCCGCUCCAGCCGCUCCAUCCAUCGCUCCAUCCAUCGCUCCAUCCAUCCCUCCGCGCCUCCAUCCGCGGCCGCCCCCGGGAGCGGCGGGGCCGGGGGCGCUCCGGGCGCUGCCCGCGGCCCGGCCCCGCUGCCGGGGGGGCUCUGGCGGUGCCGGGAUGCGGCGGUGCCGGGAAGCCGCUCCGGGGAGGCUGCGCCCAAAGCGGGGGAUGCUGCGGAUCUGGAUCCCUCCGGCCCGGGAAUCCGGUUCCGUCCUCCCGGCACUCGGGACCGGCCCGGGAAUCACUGGAUGGAGCAGGCGAGGAAGAAACCUACAUCUAAAAUGUGAAUAAAACAAUAAAUAAAUCAAUAGAAAUACAUAGAUAAAUUCGUGAGUUCCAUAUAUAGAUGUAAAUGCAUAUAAAUGAUCUAAAUAAGCGUUUUAAAUAAAUAGAUCCAGCUAAAUAUAGCAAAAUUAAUAGAUGUAUAAAAAUAGAUGUAUAUCAUGGGAUGUA